CACUUGUCUGAAGACAGAGAGACAGGGAGAAAGAAGGCACACACAAGUAGAAAUGGUUCAGAAGACGUUUGUGGUGGCUGUGGGCCUCUUUGUGGUGACGGCGCUUGUGGCCGAGAGCGCGGCACUCCGCAACGGGCUGACGAUGAAGCAGGACGGGCGGGCGGCGUUCUUUGUGGAGAACUUUGGGUACGAGGCCGGUGGGCAUCUAGAGGUCAUUGUGCACCCUGGAGUGCGGAUGUGGGUGGAGAAGGGGGCGUAUGUGUCGCACACGCAUCCGAUGGGCUUUGUCAUUCGCAAGACCAAGAGCGACUCGGCCGAGUACGUGGACGAGUACGGAACGUCGUGCCUGGCGGACAUUGUGCCUGAGGAUGCGCGCGAGCGCGACAUUGUGUCUCUGGCCAACGAGACGACGUGGAUUGAUGGGGUGCACUACAAGCGGGUCAUCCAGCCUGGCGAGGAGGGCCUGUACAACCUGUACUGGUUCAACUGCGCGCCGGCGACGCAGGUCUCGCUGACGGUGGACGUGGUGAUGUACAACCCUGGCCCCAACUACUUGUCGUCGGGCAAGUCGCCGCUCCCGACGCUCUACGUUCUGUUCACUUUUGCACACUUUGCGAUUGUGGGUGUGCUUGUGAUGUUUAUGCGGCGGGCGGGUGCGGUGGUGUACAAGGUCCACUACCUGAUGGCGGUGGUGGGUGUGCUCAAGGCGCUCACGCUGCUCACGACCUCACUCCGGUACCACUACAUGAAAACGACGGGCCACGGGUCUGGCUGGAACGUAGUCUUUUACAUUCUCAAGGGUCUCACCGGGCUCAUGCUCUUUACGCUCAUUGCGCUCAUCGGCACCGGGUGGGCCUUUGUCAAGCCGUAUCUGACGGACCGUGACAAGAAGGUCUUCCUUGUGGUCAUUCCGCUCCAGCUCAUCUCGAAUAUUGCGCUCAUCAUGGUGGACGAGAUGCAGCCCGGCUCGCAGUCGUACCUCACGUGGUACGACAUUCUCCGCAUUGUUGACAUUGUGUGCUGCGGCGUCAUCCUCUUUCCAAUUGUAUGGUCCAUCAAGCACCUGCAGGAUGCGUCUGGCACUGACGGUAAGGGGCGUAGCUCUGCGAGCAAGCUCAAGAUCUUCCGCCAGUUCUACAUGCUGGUUGUCGCCUGGAUCUACUUUACCCGCAUCAUUGUGUACAUGCUCGAGGCCACGGUUCCGUUCCGCUACAUCUGGCUCUCGUAUUUUGCCACCCUCGCCUCCACCCUCGCCUUCUACAUUGUGGCCGGCUACAAGUUCCGCCCGGUGCCGAACAAUCCGUACCUGGGCCUUGCCGGCGGCUCGGACGUCGAGCUGGAGGAUUUUGAUGGCGGCGAGAUGGGCGACGACGCCGACAUCGACAUUGACAUUGAUCUUGGUGUGUAGACCAAUAACGUGAAGUAACGACUCGGAGACCUGAACUG